AUGAAGAUGGAAAAAGGUGAUAUACAAUCCAACACAUCACCGCCAUCCAGCUCCCAAACCUCCUGGAUCUGUACACCAGCCACUGUCCUGGAAGACCAGGAGGGUUCUAAAGGACUCCACCUGCCCAAAUCUCUGUCUGUUCUCACUGUUCCCGAGCAGGAGGAGGUACAGAAGCAUAAAGUCCAGAACCAGCUGGUUCCGAGACAGUUUCUUCCCCCGGGCCAUCAGGCUGCUGAACAGCCAGUAGUGCUGGAUCCAGGUGGCUCGGUGCUCGCUAGCGCGGCUCACGCUCGGAUCUGCCCGGACAUGGCGAGCGAUAAGCCGGGCUCAGUGCUGCUGCCCGCCGGCCUGCCCAUCCGAAGCAUGAGGACCAAAUUCGCCGUGCUGGUCGGUCUCAUCCAGGCAGGGGAGGUCACGGACAGGGACAUCGCCGAGACUGUGCUCAACCUGGUGUUGCAGCACUGUAUCCGCUGUGUCGUGCGUUCAGGUGCCGGUUUGGGCUCUUUAAAUGGGAUCUAUGCUGAAGAUAAGAGUGAAAGUUAUUGUCUCAGUUUGCAGACACCGCUCUGCGCCGCCAUGCAAAUUGCCCGUCAGAUGAAAGGCGAGAAAGACAGAGCGUUUGUCGUGACGCCUAUCAGCUGUUCCAUUGCGAGAGAUGAGUACAGUGGAAGGGGUUCUUUGGUGGGCGGUGAGUUUGACCUGGAGACGAACUUCAUCAUCCAGGAUGCGGAGAGCAUCGUGUGCAUGGUGGAUCUGCUGGAGCACUGCCAGGUGACGUGCCAGGCGGAAAUCUGGAGCAUGUUCACGGCCAUCCUGCGCAAGAGCGUGCGCAACCUGCAGACCAGCACGGAGGUGGGGCUCAUCCAGCUGGUGCUGCUGAAGAUGAGCUCUGUUGACGACAUGAUCGCAGAUCUGCUGGUGGACAUGCUGGGAGUGCUGGCCAGUUAUAGUAUCACAGUGAAGGAGCUGAAGCUGCUCUUCAGCAUGCUGAGAGGAGAAGGAGGAUUGUGGCCGAGGCAUGCAGUGAAGCUGCUGGCUGUGCUGAAUCAGAUGCCACAGAGACACGGGCCGGACGCUUUCUUCAACUUCCCCGGCCGGAGUGCUGCUGCGAUUGCUUUACCUCCCAUUGCCAAGUGGCCUUAUCAGAACGGCUUCAGUCUCAACACCUGGUUCCGCAUGGAUCCCCUCAACAACAUCAACGUAGACAAGGACAAACCCUACCUUUACUGCUUCCGCACCAGUAAAGGUGUUGGCUACUCGGCUCAUUUUGUGGGGAACUGCUUGAUCGUGACGUCGCUCAAAUCCAAAGGCAAAGGCUUCCAGCACUGCGUGAAGUACGACUUCCAGCCUCGCAAAUGGUACAUGAUCAGCAUCGUGCACAUCUACAACCGCUGGAGAAACAGUGAGAUUCGCUGCUACGUCAACGGUCAGCUGGUGUCGUACGGCGACAUGGCCUGGCAUGUCAACACCAACGACAGCUAUGACAAAUGUUUCCUCGGCUCGUCUGAGACAGCGGACGCUAACCGAGUGUUCUGCGGACAGCUUGGUGCCAUCUAUGUGUUCAGUGAAGCUUUAAACCCUGCGCAGAUCUUCGCCAUCCAUCAGCUGGGGCCUAGCUAUAAGAGCACCUUUAAGUUUAAGUCAGAGAGUGACAUCCAUCUGGCUGAACACCAUAAACAGGUGUUGUAUGAUGGGAAAUUGGCCAGCAGUAUCUGUUUCACCUACAACGCCAAAGCCACGGACGCCCAGCUGUGUCUGGAAUCAUCGCCCAGAGAGAAUCCCUCCAUCUUUGUCCACUCGCCACACGCCCUCAUGCUGCAGGAUGUGAAGGCCAUUGUGACCCACUCCAUCCACAGCGCCAUCCAUUCUAUUGGGGGCAUCCAGGUGCUCUUCCCUCUCUUCGCUCAGCUCGACUUCCACCAGCACAAUGAGAGCCAGGUGGAGACCACUGUUUGUGCGACUCUCCUGGCCUUCCUGGUGGAGCUGCUGAAGAGCUCUGUGGCGAUGCAGGAGCAGAUGCUGGGAGGGAAAGGCUUCCUGGUGAUCGGGUACCUGCUGGAAAAGUCGUCGCGGGUGCACAUCACCAGAGCCGUCCUGGAGCAGUUCCUGUCUUUCGCAAAGUACCUGGAUGGCCUGAGCCACGGUGCUCCUCUCCUCAAGCAGCUGUGUGACCACAUCCUGUUCAACGCGGCCAUCUGGAUCCACACCCCAGCCAAGGUACAGUUGUCGUUGUACACUUACCUGUCAGCAGAAUUCAUCGGCACAGCAACCAUCUACAACACCAUCCGGCGAGUGGGGACGGUGCUGCAGCUCAUGCACACACUGAAGUACUAUUACUGGGCAGUUAACCCAGCACCCUGCAGCUCCAUCACCCCUAGAGGCCUGGACGGCCCCCGGCCUUCCCAAAAGGAGAUCGUCUCGCUGAGGGCCUUCAUGCUGCUCUUUCUCAAGCAGCUCAUUCUCAAGGAUCGAGGUGUUAAAGAGGAUGAGCUUCAGAGCAUUCAGAACUACUUGCUGACCAUGCAUGAGGAUGAAAACCUCCACGAUGUCCUUCAGCUGUUGGUAGCGCUGAUGUCUGAGCAUCCAGCCUCCAUGAUCCCCGCCUUCGACCAGAGAAACGGCAUCCGAGUGGUCUACAAACUGCUGGCUUCCAAGAGUGAAAGCAUUCGAGUGCAGGCACUGAAGGUGUUGGGCUACUUCCUCAAACACUUGGGUCACAAGAGAAAGGUGGAAAUCAUGCACACGCACAGCCUCUUCACACUUCUGGGCGAGAGGCUAAUGCUGCACACCAGCACAGUGUCAGUGACGACGUACAACACGCUCUAUGAGAUCCUGACAGAGCAGGUGUGCACGCAGGUUGUUCACAAGCCGCACCCUGAACCCGACUCUACUGUGAAGAUUCAAAACCCCAUGAUCCUGAAGGUGGUGGCCACACUGCUGAAGAACUCCACGCCCAGCGCCGAGCUGAUGGAGGUGCGCCGUCUCUUUCUCUCCGACAUGAUCAAGCUCUUCAGCAACAGCCGAGAGAACAGACGGUGUCUUCUCCAGUGCUCUGUGUGGCAGGACUGGAUGUUCUCGCUUGGCUACAUUAACCCCAAAACCUCUGAAGAGCAGAAGAUCACUGAGAUGGUCUACAACAUCUUCCGUAUCCUGUUGUAUCAUGCCAUCAAACACGAAUGGGGUGGCUGGCGGGUGUGGGUGGACACUCUCUCCAUUGCCCACUCUAAAGUGACAUAUGAAGCCCAUAAGGAAUAUUUAGCCAAGAUGUAUGAGGAGUACCAACGGCAGGAGGAGGAGAACAUCAAGAAGGGUAAAAAAGGACUCGUCAGCACCAUCUCUGGUCUUUCUGCUCAGGCCUCUGCCAUCAAGGGCACUUUAGAGCUAGACGACAAUUCUCAAACCCAAACUCCUGAGAGUGAAGCAGAUGAUCCUGAGACUACGGAACCUGGACGGAACCUUCUGGCAGAGGCAAAAGGACCUGAAGUUGAGAACCCAGUCUCAGGGGUGCGGGUUGAAGUCCAUGACCUACUGGUGGACAUCAAGGCUGAGAAGGUUGAAGCCACUGAGGUCAAGCUGGACGACAUGGACCUUUCUCCAGAGACUCUAGGAGUGACGGACAAUGGAAGCCUGGUGGAGGUCGACUCCCUGUUGGACAAUGUCUACUCAGCUGCUGUGGAGCAGCUCAACAACAAUGUGAACGAUGUUUUGGUGCCCAAAACAAGCCUGGAGGACAAAAACACCGGCCCUUUGAUCACAUUGGCUGAAGAAAAAGAUGCCGUGCCCAGCAGUAGCACCUUUCUUUUUGCUCCUGUGGGCACCAGUGCAGCUGAGAAUUUGUUACCUGAGAUAACACCUUCUGAGCCUUUACCCCUUCCAGGUGGACAGCCUCAGGUCCACACCAGCACCAGUGACCUGGGCCUGCUGGCCCACAUGACUGGUGGAUCAGAUGUAGCCUCCAGCUCUGGAGCUUUGGAGGACUGCUUCAAAAUCCAACCCAGUCUGGGGGCUUUUGGCUCCUCCUGUCAGGCAGAGAGUUCUUCCAAAAACCCUGAGCAGGCUGAGGCAGCAGCUCCCGAGGCAGAAGCUUCUGGAGGGAAAAAUGGCAUAGAUGCCACCAGCACCAACUCAGACACGGAAAGGGCUGAUGAUAGCAAGGAGAAAGAGAUCAAGAAGAUCCAGACCACUGCCACCACACAGGGUGUUCACGGGCGAGCAGGUGUUCACAUGGACAGGGACAUGCGAGUGGACCUGGGCUUCAGGGCCAUGCCCAUGACUGAAGAGCAGCGGCGCCAGUUCAGCCCCGGACCCCGCACCACCAUGUUCCGCAUCCCAGAAUUCAAAUGGUCCCCCAUGCACCAGCGCUUACUCACUGACCUGCUCUUCGCCCUGGAGGCAGACGUCCACGUGUGGAGAAGCCACUCCACCAAGUCAGUCAUGGACUUUGUGAACAGCAAUGAAAACAUCAUCUUUGUGCACAACACUAUACACCUCAUCUCUCAGAUGGUGGACAACAUCAUCAUUGCUUGUGGAGGAAUACUGCCUCUGCUCUCCGCUGCUACCUCACCCUCUAGCACCAAGUCUGAGCUGGAAGGGAUUGAGGUGACCCAAGGCAUGUCCUCUGACAUGGCGGUGACUUUUCUGUCUCGACUCAUGUCCAUGGUGGAUGUGCUAGUGUUUGCCAGCUCCCUCAACUUCAGUGAGAUAGAGGCUGAGAAGAACAUGUCGUCUGGAGGACUAAUGCGCCAGUGCCUCAGACUCGUGUGUUGUGUGGCUGUGCGGAGCUGUUUGGAGUGCAGACAGCGUCAGAGGGACAGGGGAUUUAAAUCCUCUCUGUCCAGCACGAAGCCUCAGGAGAGCCUGCAGAGCACAGCGGUGACCAGCAAGACUUCCAUAGACAAUUUCCCCAGUAACCUUUCCCCCAUCGUGGACCCGGACCGCCUCUUGCAGGAUGUGGACAUCAAUCGUCUGCGCGCUGUUGUUUUCCGCGACGUCGAUGACGGUAAGCAGGCUCAGUUCCUGGCUCUGGCUGUGGUCUACUUCAUCUCUGUCUUGAUGGUGUCCAAGUACCGGGACAUCCUGGAGCCACAGCGGGAGACGGCCAGGGUCAUCAUCCAAUCAGGGAGGAGCAUUCGGCAAGAAAUUAACUCCCCCACCAGCACUGAAAACCCUUUGACGUUCCCAGACAGCAGUAAGGAUCCCCCUUCUCUGGUGGGGGAGCCGAGUCUUGAGGCAUCCCUGCCCCAUUCGGACUCUGGCCUUGGGGAGGAGCAGAUGUCCGGUGUGCUGAACGGAGCAGACCUUGAUCCCAGCCUUGGCGGUCCGAACGGCAUACGAGGGCUCCUUUGCACUCUUUCCUCAGAGGUAAAGUCCCAUGAGAACCUGGCUGAGGCGUCCUCCAUGGAGCUGCUGAAGCCCGCCUCCUCCAUCUCCAGCAUCAGCCAGGCCAACAAGGGCAUCAACGUGAAGGAGAUCCUGAAGAGCCUGGUGGCGGCUCCGCUAGAGGCCACAGAGAGCGGCCCUGAACCCCUGCCCUACCCAGACCACCAGGCCCUCAAGAGGGAGGCCCAGGCCAUGCUGCCCAUGCAGUUCCACUCAUUCGACAGGUACAGCAGCCUGGUUAUGUGGUGAUAUAACAAUGAUGUUUUGUGGGGAUUAAACCAUUCUUACCUAACAUCUAGCUAAAAAUGGUGGUCGAUAACAAGUAAAAUAAAAAUCUCUAAAUUUUCAGCUCUGUUAGAUCAUAUUCCUUAUAUAUCAAAAUAAAUGUGACAACAGCAAUGAGAAUCAUGUUAUUUAAUGAGAAGAGUCGAUUAUGUGGUCCAAAUUGCUGCUUUAUGGCUCAACAUUAAAGGCUUUUGGCCACAAAAGCACACAGAUAGUUUGAGCCAGACUCGAUUUCCAAUGUUGUAUCAUUAUAAAAUGGAUUACUUGACAGUUGUUCUUUUGCAAAAAGAUGUCCCAACUCUCCCUUGCUGUGUCCAGCAAACGUUUGGUUCAGGCUGGUAGCAUCUAUAGCUGCUACAAUAGCCCUAAAUCUUCCAUAGCAAUUCAGAGGCACACAUAGGUGUAAUUUUGAAACGUUUUGUUAUUCAUAUAUAAACUCACAUUGCAAGAUUUUCAUUGCUGACAUACAUGUUCGAGAAUUGACAAAACAUGCAUGUAGGCCAACUUAAGGCAAAAAAAUCAUGUCUAAUAAUGAGGAGGUUUGAGAGAGGGAAGCUUACCCCUUCAAAAGAGCUAACAGAGCUAACACUAAAGCUAGCACAAGCUAUAUAGUGCAGCAUUAUAUCCUGAAAAGUACUCGUCAUCUCACAAGUUCUAGCAAACUUCAGUGGAACAAUAUAUAUGACUGAGCGUGUAUGUGUGUAUUCAAACACACAGUCCUGUUAAAGCUAACUGUUAAGAAAACCAAAUUGAGCCGGCUAACUGAUCACAUUGUUUUGUAACAUUAUUGUUAGAUACCGUUCUUAAUGUAUAUUAGCAAUUAUAUUAGUCUACUUCUGGUUUAGCUUACAUUAGAGCUGCCAAAAGUACCCCUGGUAAUAGUUUUGACACUGAGCUCUGCAUUUAGGCUUCCAUACAGAUUAAUCCAAAACUUUUCCAGCUUCACGAAAGAAAUAAAACAGCAUCAUCCUCAGGAUGCUGCUCGUCAGUAACACAUUUCCCCCAUCUCUUAGCUUAACCAAUCUGGCUAAUUUACUGCUGAUGCCAUUCUCACUGCAGGUUUGUUGUGAGGACUUCUGUUAGAGUUUGUCUGAGGGAGGAAGUCAUUUUUAGAGACGACUGUGUGUCAAUCAUAGUUUUGCAAAUGGUCAAAUCUUAAGGCAACAGAAGUGUAGAUUGCAUUUUCAGGGUUAGAGCAAGGGGCUGUAACCUACACAUAGGCUGGUACCCAUAGGUUUGACAAGAGAGACAUGGCCUGCUCUGUGUUCUGCCUCCAACAGUUCAGUUGCAGCUCACUUAACCUUCUAUUUUAAUGCUCAGUUUGCCAUUUAAAAAUGUUGUUCAUAGCAUAAGUGACAGUAUAUUUCAUGGUAUGCAGCAGUGUAAACGUUACGUCUGCAGGGCAAUGGUGUUAGCCAAUGUUUCAUCCUCAAAGUGUUUUGAAUACACACUAAUAUUUCUAAUAGUAUGUUUUGGUUAAAAUGUGCAUUUUGAUGUAGAUGUACAGAAUUUCAAAUAUAAGCAUCUCAGUGACCCUGUUUCUAAAAGAAAUACAUCUGAUUUAUUUCAUCACUGCAGCUGAGGUCAAAAAGAAAACUCUUACUGGAACGUUUUGCUAACAACUGCGGUCAGUGCAGCGUUGCUGCUGGCAGUGGCAGAAUUUUCCGUUGUGGCUCUACUGAAAACAGUGGAAUAUCCGUUCUGUCUACUGCCAACAUGUAAACACGAUAUAACAGUAGACCCAUUUUGCAUACACUGAUUUGUGCUCUAUCGCCCUCUAUAGUCCUGAGCUUUAAAAAUGCCACAGGUACAUGUUCAAUAUCAUCGCUGUCCAA